AUGGAAGCCGCUUCUGGUUCUUCGUCCUCUCGGAAUCCUACUACAAUUGAAGAGAUCUUCAGAGAUUACAAAGGCCGUCAUGCUGGUUUGGUUCGCGCGUUAACCCAUGAUGUUGAUACAUUCUUUGCUCAUUGUGAUCCAGACAAAGACAAUCUAUGUUUAUAUGGAUAUCCAAAUGGAAGUUGGGAAGUGACUCUUCCAACAGAGAAUGUCCCGUCAGAUAUUCCCGACCCACCACUUGGAAUCAACUUUGCAAGAGAUGACAUGGACCGAAAAGAUUGGCUCUUCGCGGUUGCAAUCCACAGUGACUCGUGGUUGAUUUCUAUGGCUUUCUUUUAUGCCUCAUGGUUGUCGCUAAAUGCAGCUGAUAGGGAUCGUUUGUUUACCUUGAUCAACGAUCUGCCCACGGUGUAUGAGGCUGUAAGAGAAUGGUUAGCUGUACAAGACAAAAGUAGUGAAGUUAGCGGAAGCAAAUCUAGGAUACCCCUAAAGAGAUCAAGGGAUGGGCAGAGUAAAAGUACCUCAAAUAUGUUAGAAGAGAGUGACGCGGAGAAUGAAGAAGAGCACAAGGUGACACUAUGUGGCAGCUGUGGUGAAGCCUACUACAACGGGGAUGAGUUCUGGAUCGCGUGUGACUUCUGUCAGUUAUGGUAUCAUGGCAAGUGUGUGAGUGUCACACCCACAAUGGCCGAGAAGAUAGACACGUACAAAUGUCCUUUCUGUACCCAGAAACGAACCAAACAAUAUUCUGCAGUAACUGGCUGGAUUUAGCAUACUACCACCAGUUUGACAAAGGAGCCAUAACCUGGAUAAGAGGUAUAGAUUACAUUAAGGUUAUGCUCAUUUGCAGAUUUUGGAGAACAAAUAAACAGUUUUUAAUCUGAUAUUGAUAAAAGUUUACUUUCAUUACAUGUAAAUAUACAAUUUCAUUU